AACGUAGCACACGACUUACUAUGCUUUCGUUCCGAGUUUUGAAGGUUUAAAAUCGGUAUCCGAGCCUCUGUCUUCCUCUGGCUCCGACGUGUUUCUACAGCCAUGUGGGCUUUCAGUGGCGACGUCCAUGCUGGAAAAGAGACUGUCAAGUUGUCGCCUACAGUUCCCACAAGACGUCGCGUUUGAGGAGCGUGCUUGUUGCAACCGCAGGGGGCAUCGGGAUUGAUAGGGAUGUUUCCAUCAUGGCGGCAUCCAUUUCAGGUUACACUUUUAGUUCUGUGUGUUAUCACAGCUCCAACAGCAACUCAGAUCAUGAGGGCUUCCUACUAGGAGAAGUAAGGCAAGAAGAGACUGUCAGCAUCAGUGACACACAGAUCAGCAGUGCAGAAUUGCUCCAGGUAUUAGAAAUCCAUAACCAUGAUCCUUGUGCACAGUUGUUUAGCUUUUAUGACUACGCAGGAAAAAUCAACGAAGAAAAUCUCAACAGCAUUCUUAAAGAUAGGCGGAAAAACGUCAUUGGGUGGUACCGGUUCCGAAGGAACACGCAGCAGCAGAUGUCGUUCAGGGAACAGAUCAUUCACAAACAGCUCACUCAGCUGCUUGGUGUGCCCGACCUCGUCUUCCUUCUUUUCAGCUUCAUCUCCACCGCAAACAGCUCCACGCACGCACUGGAGUAUGUGCUCUUCAGACCUAACCGCAGUAGGUACAACCAGAGGAUCACCCUCACAAUCCCAAACCUCGGCAACACAAGCCAGCAGGAAUACAAAGUCUCCUCAGUGCCCAACACCUCACUCAGCUACACCCAGGUCAUCAAAGAGCACGGGGCUGAAUUCUUUGACAAAGAUGGUGUGAUGAAGGAUAUCCGAACAAUAUUCCAAGUCUACAGUGCACUACAAGAUAAAGUGCAGGCUGUGUGUGCGGAGGUAGAACAAAGCGAACGUGUGAAGGAGAAAAUUCAAGAGGAUGUGAACAAACUCAAACAACAAAUUGCUCUCAGGAAACGCAAGACGGCAGAAGAGGAGAAAAGGCUCCGUGAUGCCCAAAAUGCAGACUCCCAUUCCACUCCAGAGGAGAACACAGAACGUUCUGAGGCUUCCUCUCUGUCCAGGAUAACUUUCCCCACACCCUCUGCCCCGGAGCGGCCCAGUACCUCACCUAACCCACCGUCCUAUGCUGACCUCAUGUCCCAGGACGAUUCUCUGCUCUCCUCUUCUUCCCCACCUACCAGUGCUGCUCUACUUCCCCGGCCCCAAGCCGUUGGCUCUCCAGGACACCCUACCCCUGGCCCACUGGGGAUGGGCCUUGGGCUGGGACUGGGCCUCAGCGCCAACUCUAAUCCUGUUACCACUCCCAGCACCCCGUACCUUGGCAAUGGUGACGGAUCAAGCUCUGACUCGUUAGACAGACAAGCCGCAGGGCAGGAGGAUGAUGAAGAUGAUGACGAUGAAGAUGAGGACAGUAGUGAAUAUGAGAACUUAGUGAGUGAAGCGGCUCAUCCGGCAAUGGUCUCUGCCAGCAUUUUAGCACAAGGCCGACCAGCUGCCCUUAGUCCUGAUGGGGACGCUCGUGGCUCACAGACCACAUAGAAACAUGCCACAGGGUGUGUAUGGGACACUAAUAAAUGACACACCUUGAGAGGGGGGCAUCUCAAGCAAUCAAAGAUAGAUAAGUAUAGACAAAUGAAGUGCCAGUCCUGAAAGUGAAAGGCAUGUGCAGGCGGGGUCCCGCUGUGAGUAUUUCUUCUUGUCUUAGUCUGAUCUCCAUUGUAAGGGGAAACUUUGCUAGGCUUUGCAGACUUAACAGGUGUGUCUCACUGGGGGAAAAAAAUUGUGAUUUUUUUUUUUUUUUUUUGGAAUGGGGUCAGUCUGGGUACUUAAGUGUGGAUGUGUCUGGAUUCAGUGUCAUAAGUGGAUAUCACAAUUUAUGCCAACUGGUUGGCAAGCCGGCUCCCUAAAAGGCAGGCCCUACUCCAUGCUUUCUGUAUUUUUAUUUUUUUUGUUUGUUUCAUGUUUGCAUCACCAACUCUGAGCCCCUUGUGUUUUUUUUUUGCCUUUUUAAAAAAACAAAACAAACCAUCUUGAGAAAAGUAAUAGGAAAAUAUUCUGCUGCCUUAAAACAGUUUUUACAAAGAAGUAGGCAAAUGUUUAACUUUUUAUUUGAAGAAAGAGAUAUAUAAUGUAACUAGAAUUUCUUUAAAAUCCACAUUUGAUUUUGGUCUUGGUUACAUUUUCUUUUCCAUGCUCCACAGUCUUUAAUUAAUCAUGCAGUUGCCUAUUUAAAUUAUAAAGCAUAGAUUUCAAACUAAAUUUUAUCUGCUACUUCUCUAAUGGGUGAUAUAUGUUCAUUCAGAUUAACAGUUAAUCUAAUUGAUUGACAAGAAUGUCAAUGUCACGUUCCUCUUGGAUAACACUGAAAUUGUAUGCGCUUUGCUGCACUUAACAAAAGUUUUCUUUAUUGUUGUGCUAUACCAAUGCUGUCAUGUUGUGCCACUUGAGUAGUCCUCAUUGAUCACCUGAGCUAAACUCAGUUCAACUUUUGUGUUAUAUGGGGAUUAACACAGGGCAAACACAAUGUACUGUAGCUUUACUAACCAGAUGCUUAAGGUUCCCUUUCUGCUGCUGCAACUCAGAGAGCUACCACUAAAAAAACUGCAUCUGUCUGUUCCUCUCACCACAUAAAAGCCUGGCUGCUACUUCCACUUCACAGUGCUGGUUGUCUCCAAUACUACUGACCGUGAUCAUAUAACCACUUCAAGCUCACUUCUCACUAACUUAUUUUCUAUUAAAGUCAUACUGGAAGGCUGAUACCCCCCUGUAGUGUGUGAAUUGUAACCUUGGCAUAGUCGACAGCAGACCUCAUGUACUGUGACCUGGUUGGGUCAGUGUUACGUGUAUGGACCUGGAUAAUGUGAUGAAAACAUCAUGACCUUGCUUCAGUAUACAGUGCCUUCCACUCAGGGCAGUUUCUGGGUGUGUGUGUGUGUGUGUGUGUGUGUGUGUGUGUGUGUGUGUAUAUAUGUAUGUAUAUAUAUAUAUAUAUAUAUAUAUAUAUAUAUAUAUACAGAACACAUUCACAGAUUUCUUUUGAGGAGUAAAAUGAAAACAAAUUAUGUUGUUUGCAAUAAUCAACUUUUUAUUUUUUAAAUUAGUCCCACAUUUAUAUGCCUUCCUUUCCAUGAUGUGGUGUUUUGUCUGCCUGAAUCUUCGCUGUUUUCCCUUUAUAGUUUAACUGAUGACUUCUAAAUGGACCUGCAUGUCAUGGUUGCAGCUGUGACUUUGCUUGCUUUAUUAUUUGAAACUAGAAUUGUUAACUGUAAAGUCAGAUGGAAUCUGCUUAGUAACUCAUACUUCCUGCAAAGCAGAGUUGGUAUGGAGAUUACUUUUUUUUUUUUUUUUUUUUUUUAAAACAUCUGGCCCAUUUAAAGACAAGUGAGCAAGAAGGUGAGGAUUGAUUGGGUGCUGGAUGUAGGACACCCUCCUUGCACGAACCCUUCAAUUCUAGACCCCAUUAUAUUCAGCAUGGACAGACAUUUGAACUUCACAUGGAGGACGUCUAACAUGGUGAUCAGCAGGUUGCACUCAGUUUGUAAAUGAAGACGCUUUGUGGUGGGAGAAGCUUUGCCUUGUGAAGAAGCUCCGCUUUAUUUACACAGCCUGCUUGUAUGUCAUGUUUUUUGCCUUAGGGUCAUUUCAUUUGCCCUGAUGUGUAAUGCCAAUGCGUCACUUAUCGGGAACUGGCACUCAAAAUGUUACUUAAUAAUCACCCAGAGUAACACAAUCACAAAAGAAAUGACAAAAUCAAUUUGUUAGGAAUAUGGUUUCCUUUGAGUACUGGAAUAUAAUAAGGAAAUAUAUAAUGAAUGUAUAGUAGACAAGGGGGGGUAGCAUUUAAACAGCACUUACUGUAUAAGCUUGUCUCAGUUGAGUGUUGUGGUGGUAUAGAGCAGCAGAUCUCAAUGUUGGUCCUCCUUCUUAAUUGUGGUCCUCAGUGACUAGAUGAUUGCUUUUUAAAUCUAUCUUCUUAGCACCCCCAGGUGAAACGCUGACUUGAUGACCAGAAUGAAAACCAGCAGGGCUCUGGUGUUGAGGACCGCUGGCAUAAAGUGUCAAGAGGACUAACAUUGUAGGAUCCUAUACCUUUUCAAGUUUCAACAUAAUACAAAUAUACUGUACACUCAUGUACUCUUACUGUAUGGGGUGACCCUUCCCUUCCCUUCCUUCCCCCAAGCGGGCCAUUGCAACAUCAACACCUCCCUGAAAGCACAAAGUCCAGUGCACAGCUUAGAUCUUCUCUGCUUUUAUCUGGAUUACGUGUACUUGACGAAAGUAGACCAAGGACUUGCUUGGACUAGCACAGACUAUGGUUCCUAAACUGGGGGAUAAUAAAUGAGACAUGCAUAAUAUGUGA